AUGAGUUUAUUUCUUUUAAUUUUCUUCUCCAUUGGAGCUCUGGAACUAGAAAUUAAACAAUGUCUGGCGUAUGGAUAUUCGACAAGAAAGGCGUUGCCCGUUUGAUCACAAACCCUACUCGCGAGUCCUUCGAGCUAAUGCAACCAACAUAUCCAGGCAGUGGUACAGCUACUGCACCCGGAGCGCGCCCGAAGGUGCUAGUGUAUCUACCAGAGAACCAAGUGAUAAGUUCCUAUGUUGACCUAGAGAAGAUACUCAUUGAGCUUGGAUGGAGUCACUACAACAAUCCAAUAAGGUCAGAUUUCAUGCAGUUCCACAAGUCGGAUGACUCUGCACAUCUCAUCUCACUUCCUAAGGAUUUUAGAAACUUCAAAUCUCUACAUAUGUAUGACAUCGUUGUCAAGAAUCCAUCUUUCUUUGAAGUCCGGGAGCCAUUUGGCUAGCCUUUAUCAGGGGCAGAUUUAGAGCAGAGGCGGAUCCAGGAUUUGAGCCUUAUGGGUUCCUACCGUAAUUUCAGAUCAAUAUGCAAUAAUAACUGGGUUCGCAAUUAGAUAUUUACAAAUAUUUAGUAAAUUUCUUAAUAUAAAUACAGGGCUAUACACAAAAGUUACUGGGUUCCCGGAAACCCGUAUUCUAUGCUCUAGGUCCGCCCCUGAUUUAAAGUGUCAUUUACGGAUUCAUAUAAACUUUUGCUCAUAUUGUAUAUGUAUUACGAAAUUUUAAAAAAAUUUAUAAAUAUUUGA